AUGGAUACAACACCAUCCACACCUACGAUAGUCACAAGUGGACCAAGCACUGAAGCACUUCGUAAAGAUGGCGAAAACGUUCGAUGUGACAUCUGCCAGAAAGGGUUCAACAGAGCUGCCGAACUGCGCAGGCACAAAGAUUCCGUUCACAACUUGAACCCACCACAAUACUUCUGCGCGGUGCCUGGGUGCGAUCGCGCAUCAAGGCCUUUCCCCCGCAAAGACAAAUUGGCAGAUCACACAGCAAGAAUACAUGGUCAGUCAACCACGUCAAAGGCUUUCGAACACGGUGAAGAGGUCUCAGAGGCCACAUAUCGCUGUGACUAUGAGGGUUGCGAACGAGAAUUCGAUCAGAGAGCAGAUUUGCUACGCCACCAAAGAACCCAUACAGAUGAGUCUGAGCGACCACACAAAUGUACGCAGUGCGAGAAGUCGUUUUUAUACCCGAAGGAUCUCAAGCGUCACCAAGCGACCCAUUUGGACAACGAGGAUGAUGGCAAGCCGACGUUCCAUUGUGAAGUCGCUUCAUGUGAGUACGGCCCUGGAAAACAAGGCUUCUCGAGAAAGGAUGGAAUGCUCCGCCAUAUGAGACGUUUCCAUCCGGAACUUAAGCGCGAAGCUCCUGAAGAUUUUGGAAACGAACCUGGUGGUCCCUUCCAGGAUGCCAAACGCGCCCGCGCCAUAUCCACAGACCAAGAGCCAGAGCCUACGAUUGUCACGCAGCCUAUAAAGGCCGCGCUACGUACAAAUCGCCGUACAGGCUGCCCAGGUCAGGAUUGGAAAUGCAAACCUAAGGAGCUGAAGGGAAGACGAUAUUGGACUUCUUUCAACCAAUUCUGCCGACACUUUCUGAUGUAUCAUUCAGGAGACUAUUUGGACGAAGGCUACCGUUCGCAGUGCAAUUUAUGCGACCACGACUCCUUUGGAGCGAGUGGACAUGACCUGGCACGACAUUUAUGGGAUACCCAUUUACAAUAA